AAUGCAGACUUAAGUGAAUGUACUGUAAGUAUAUGUAUGUAUAAUCAGUUCUUCACAGAUCGAAUAAGAAAACGGUACGUUGUGUUCUUUGCAAGUUUUACGCGCAAGAAUAUUGUAGAAUACGAAUAUUGCAUAUAUAUUUUAUACUGUGUAUUAAUAUCAUUGAAAAAUGAAAUACAUAUUAAUAUUGUUUUUACAACUGCUUUAUGUUAAUCUUCAUAAUGCCAGAGAAAUCACGCCUGAAGACAUUAAAGAUGCAAUGUUAAGUUUAGUACAUAUGAUGAGAGAUAAUACUGAAAAAUUAGAAAGGCAUGAAGCACGAGAACGUCAAUUGGGAGAACAGUUGAAAAAGACAAUUUCAGUACUGACAAAACGGAUGUCGGUAGUUGAUGCCAUAAAAUUACAACUAACUAAACUUGAUGAAAAAGUGAUGGGAAUUGAACAAAUAAUUUCUCAGAGAGAUGAACGAGAAAGAAUACAAAUGCAGAAAACUGUGGAUACUUUAGAGGAUUUAGAAAACCGUUUGGAAGGAUGGUUUACAGAUAUUGAAAAUAAAAUAAAUGGAGCAAAUUCUCCUGCAGAUACUGUACUUCUACCACCUGAAAAUAUGUCUCAAAUUGUUUCAAAAUUGAACGAUACAGAAGCAUUGCUUAUGGAGAAAAUGUCAAAAACUGAAUCCCUUUUAAAAUCAGAAGGAAUAAAACUAAAAGAAGUCACAAAUAUUCAAUCGGGGACAAUAAAAGCGCUAUUAACAGAGAUCCAGGAUAUUGGUUCGAGAAUCAAAGAUCUUGAAAUUUCAUUAGAAAAAGUGAAAGAACAAUCUCAAAACAUAAACUCAGAAUUACAAAAACCUCAAUUUAGUAUGAUGUCUAAUAUCGAUCAGUAUUGUAAAGCAUUACCUCCUAUACAAAAACUGUUAGAAGAUACUUCUACGCAUAUUAAAGAAUUACCAAGGACUCAUGAAAUGAAAUCUUUACAUAAUGAAAUUGAAACGCUCUUAAAAGAAACUAAACAUGAUUUAAAAGAUGUUGUUACCAAAGGAAUUACUGCUAUGGAAAACAAAUUAACAGAAACCAAAAAUGAAACUAAAGAUACAAUUGGUGCUCUUAGAAUGGAUUUAGCAAAUAAUGCUGGAUACGUAAAUCAAGAAUUAAAUGACCUUGAAAAAGGACAAUCUGUAAUGAUCUCAAUGGCUGAUCAUGUAUUGGAUACUAAGAAAAGAGUUGAAUAUGGAGUACAUCAAAUUCUUUUAGAAAUAGGCGAUUUGGUGAAAGCACAAGGUAUAAAUAUUAAUAAUACUCUGAAUGAAAGAUUUGAUGGUAUAUCAAAUGAUAUUAUGGACAAUCAAAAUGGAGCAUUAGCGAAUUUAACUACUAAAAUGGAACAAGAAAUGAAUCAGGUGUGGAGGCAAAUAAAUGUUAUGUAUCAACAAAUGACAGAAAGUGCAAAAGCGUUGGAUAAAUUGCAUAAACAAAACGAAGAAUAUGUUAAUGGUACAACUUCUACUAUGGGUGGGAUGGAAACUAAGGUGGGUGAAAUAACAAAACGCAUGAGAGAAGUUGAUGAAAACCUAAAUUAUUUGUUGGGUCGACUUUCGCUAGUUACACAAGAAUUCAAUCAAAUCAAAACAGGAUUAGGUAAUGCGUUAGAUAACAUUAAAGCAUCAUUUAAAGAAGUUCAAGACAAAACGAAUAAUUUAAGACAUCCAGGUCCACAUAGAAUACCUGAUAAUUAUCAAGAACCUAAUGAAUCUAAUAAUAAACCUGAUGUUAUGAAAAUAAAAUAGAACAAUAUGAAUCUCAUAUUGAGGAUGUUUUAUCGUUAAAGGCACAUAUCGAAUCGUGUUCAAACUUACAUGUGCUAUAUUAUUAGUACAAUACAUUCAAGACGUGAAAGAGAAAGAGUGCGCGCGCGCGCGUAUAUGUUAAACAUAUGUAUAUAUUACAUACAUACAUAUGUUUCGUUAUUAUCAAGUAACAAGUACAUAAUAUAAACUCAACACAUUUUUCUUUUAAUUCCUAGGUGUUCACCGAUAAUUAUAUAAAACUUAAAGAAUCUCAUUUACACACACAAUAUUGUAAUCUUAACUUCAAUACAUGUACUUAUACUAUGUUGAAUAUAUUGGUCCAGAAUUGCUUUCUUUUUGUGCUGAUGAAAUAUGUAUUUAGUACUUCAUUUUUAAAUCAACUUCAUUAAUGUAAGAAAAUUAUAAUUAAAAGGUUUUAUGGUAUUCGAAACGUUUUCAAGUGUAAAAAACUUGGAUCAAUAUAUUUUUAUAUACUGUCAUAUUUAUGAAUUAAUUAUCAAAUUGUGCAAUUAAAGGUAAAAAU